UUUUCCUAAAAAUGAUCCCUUCAGUGCAAUCCCCUAACCCUGCCCACUCAGAGUGCACACUCUGACACUGAGACUCCAGACCUGUAGCAGCUGACAGAGGAGUUAGGUAUUCCAUGGACCAGAAGGAAUGGGAGCUACUCUGCACAAGGCUGUGGAUUGAAGCUUGCAGAACCUUCCAUAAUUAUAAAGCAAGGUGGCUGAAGGAGGAUAAGACUUUAGACCUUCAUUUUGGAGAUGAAAGUAAAGUAGACAUUUUGAAGAAGAUGAAGAAGGUCGACCUUCCGGAAUUGAAGUUUAGCUUGGUCCUACUUUCGAUGAGGAGAGAGAGGAUUGUAAAGAGCUAUCUUAGAGAUUUAUUCCCUUCAAGGAUCUGUCAUGUCAAUUUUUGGAGCCUGGAGUUAAUUAGCAUUAAUCACUACUUGAUUGAGAUUAUAAAAACCUGCGAUAGAGUAACGAAGAAAGUAACCUUUGAUAAUUUUAGCAUCAAGGAGUCUAAGAUGAGGAGGAUAUUGGCAUCUUGCAAGCACAAGAAAAUACUUCACUUUAAUCAGUGCUCUCUCAUGCUACGGUUCUCUCCAGAUAUUAUUAAUUGUUCCUCUGGAGCUACUCUCGAAGAGCUCAAAUUUCAUAAAUGAUUUAUUGAACCACAAAUAGUAACAGACCCAAGUUGGAAAUUAAAAUCUGUUGGGCUAGCUAUUUGGAAUUCAGAUCUAAGAAAAAGCCUAAAAGAAGCUACUUUCUACUCCUCCAAAUCCGGCAAUUUGUACGAAAUCAAUCUUUCUCCCUCUAAACCACCAGUGAACAUAUCUCUUUGUGCUACUUAACUCACCCCCCCCUUCCAAGACGCCCACUAAGCCACCUCCAUCACGCCAAUAAACAAUUCUUGCCCUAUUCAAUUCCUAAACUC